GAUCAGUUCUCUGUGCUGCAGCUCACACUGAAGACUUCUAAAUCAGUCCCGAGUCUGAGCAUGACGAGCCAUUUCAACCGGAGAGGACACAACCUCGUGUUUAAAGGUCUGCACUUGAAACUGAAGGAUUUGAGAAAGAAAGCAGAAGAAGAAGGUUGGAAAAACCGGUACCUCUUCAAAGACCACAUCCCAGCGUACCCCCGACCAGAGUUUCAUGUGUCUCAUCUGAAACACGACACCGACCAAGCUGGAUUACGUGGGAUCAGGAGGGACGGUGGCUUUAGGAACCCGGCUGAUGGCUCUCUGCUGUGGUGGAGUCUGGUUGUGGGAUCUGAUGAGAUAAGGUCCGCUGAGAGGAGGCUCCUGGAGACCACCUACCCAGACCGGACAGAGGAGCAGGCCCAGAAGCAGCAGAGCUUCCUGGAGAAGUUUGCAACUUCCCCGGCCUUCAUGAAGUCCUCCAGGCUGGGCUCGUACCGCUUCACCUUCCCCCUGGAGGAGGUUCUGAAGGCCUACAGAGACCAGUUUUGUUCCGGUGCUCAACCCGUCAUGAGGGUGUUCAGGACCAUCCUGUACAAACAGGAAGUGAUGUACGCGGUGCUGGUCCACAGCCCGGCCAAUCAGCAGCUGUUCUCAGACCUUCCUCUGCUGACUGACGACCCAAACUCUGUGUGCACUUACAGAGACGGACACUUCAUCUGGAGGUCUGAGGCCAUGUGUGAGACACACAGAUAUAAGUUGGUCCACAGACAAUAUGAAGAGCAGAUGGUGGUGAGGGAGGCGUGUAAACCUCACCAGUUCUAUGUUUGGGAUAAUGUGGGCGUGGUCCUGCAUGUGGACAGACAGGUUCUGCAGUUUGAUGCUGGGCGACUGAGGGAGAACCUGACGUUCUGUGAUAAAGGACCAGUUACAGUGAAGGGUUCUCCUCAUGAUCCGUUUGUAGGAGCUGCAGAGAUUGUUAAAGAGCUGUGGCCAAACUGUCUCUCUCCACUAAAGAGAGCUGUGUGUUUGUCUUUUUAUACAUUUAUCUGAUCAAUGUAGUUUUUAACUGUCAAUCCCCAUUAAUGCUAACUGUACAAACACAACUUUAUUAUCAAUGUACAAACACAACUUUAUUAUCACUGUACAAACACACAACUUUAUUAUCACUGUACAAACACAACUUUAUUAACACAUUACAAACACACAACUUUAUUAACACAUUACAAACACAACUUUAUUAACACUGUAUAAACACAACUGUAUUAUCACUGUACAAACACACAACUUUAUUAUCAUGAGAUGUAUGAAUGAGCCCAUCUCUGUCUUGCAAUUCCAGCAUGUGUUGGUACUUAUUAGUCCUACUUUGAAAAUUCUACAUGGUUUCCAGUAAUACCGGUGUAAAAUUUUAUAUUGAGUCAAUUUACCUUUAGUUUCUUUGAUAUAGUUACCAUUAUCAGCCACAAUUUGAUUCCAUGUAUCUUCAUCAAUCUGACAAUUAAGGACCCUCUGCCAGAUUAACCUCAAAUCGUUAUGUGUAGAUCUUUUGUUGUGUUUAUCUUCUGAUCACAAACUCUGUCAGAAUUUUAUGUAAUUUAUAAUUAAUUAAUGAUCAAUAAAACGUGUGUGCAUUAAUGAAAGACACCGGAGACCAUCCAGACUAUUGAUUGGUUCAGUACAAGUACCUCCAACUUUACUCUCCACCGCUGCUGUCCUCUGAGUGACUGAUGGUUUCAGGACAAAGGAUCACGUGCUGCAACCUGCUGGUCCUCGCUGGAGUUUAAAUUCAUUCUGAGUAACCAGUGACCCAGUUCACAUGUACUGAAGUACUGCAACUGACACAACCAGUGUGUUAUAAUACACUCACACUGUGAAAUGUCUCUGUCUUUACCUCUGUUCUGUCUCUCUCUCUCUCUCUCUUUCUCUCUCCCUGGCUCACCUAGAGCCGAAGAGUCUGUCCUAGGUUUCUGCCUCUUAAAGGAAGUUUUUCCUUGCCGCUGUCUCCAAGGUCUUGCUCAUGGUGGUACUGUUGGGUCUCUGUAAUUAAUAUUAUAAAGAGUUCGGUCUAGACCUGCUCUAUUUGAAAAGUGUCCUGAGAUAACUUCUGUUAUGAAUUGGCGCUAUACAAAUAAAAUUGAAUUGAAUUGA